AUGUCAAUGAAUAAUGACGUGCAAUUGUCAUUUCAAACCAAACACGGGAUAAUAUUUCGUAUUGGAACCUGGUUAGCAACGAUUUUUGUCAUUACUUUCAUUACCAGGUAUACCUUAAAAUACUGGAUACUGAUUUUAUUUGGGUUUCUUACUUGCAUUUCUAUUGCUUUUUAUUUGAUAAUUGGGGAUUCCUCUGUCAAACCUAUUCCGAAUUAUAGUAAAAAGUCAACACGAUUCAGUUUUGUUGAUGAAGAAAAGUGGAGCCAUGAACUUCAUAAACUUUAUAAAGAUACUAGGAUGCUUAAUGAACCAGUAAUUGAGCAAUCAUUUCUAAUAUCUGAAACUCUUGAAGACUUUAUUAAUUUGAUUAUUAAGGAAUUUAUAGACAGCUGGUUUGUACAAAUUUCGAACAGUACUGUUUUUCAAGAUAGUAUUAGACAGGAAUUAAAGUAUGUUAUACGAAACUUACACGAGAGGUUUACCCAACUUGACUUUGCUAAGCUAUUAGUGUUUCGAAUCUUGCCUAUAAUUCAUGAUCAUUUCAACCACUUUGUCAAAAUUCAGCAUGGCAUUAGGCUAAACGGGAAUACCUCCAAACUUCCCACGGGAUCAAUGGAAUAUGCCAUCGCAGCUGCACGUCAAUAUGAUAGAGGUAAAGUGCAUCCAGGUGUUACUGUUUCAAUGAAUUCAAAUGACGUUAAUGAGAAGAAACAUCUAAGGAAUAAGGUCGAUUCAAUUCUUCCACAUCUCUUAUCUCCAGAAGAAAAUACCAAUAAGGCGGGAACUUCAUUGGUGAAAGAAAUUAUAUCGUGUACGAUAUUAUCAAGGGUGAUUCACUUAUUAGGAGAUGGUGAUUUUUAUAAUCUUUUAAUUGUGAACCUUAUCGGUGAUAAUAUAAAGCAUAGGGAACAAGUUAAGCAAUUACGGGCUGCAUUAGAAGAACAUACUAGACUGUUAAAACGCCAGACUUCAAAAGGUAUAUCAAUGACUGCAUCAUCUGAAUAUCUUCAGAAUUAUAAAAGAAUAAAUAAAAAUAGUACUAUCCAGAAAAACAUGGAUAAUCAUUCGUUUAAUGAAGCAUUGCAGUGUGUUUCUAAGGUUUCAAGUGUCGCUGAGUUAAAGCAUUUACUGCUGUAUACGGGUUUUCAAUUAUCAAGAGUCAAGGACGAAAAUCCUGGAUCGUCCAAAGAAAUUAAUGUUUUAUUGUCUAGGCUAAAUUUACUUAAAUCUAAAAUUGAUAACAAGUUAGCUCAACUAUCAAUUACAUCAGAAAAGAAAAUACAUAAGGAUGAAGAUGCUGCAAACUUGACGUUAUUGGAUAUAUUGAAUAACAGUGUAGGCUUAAAAUUCUUCACUGAAUUCAUGAAUGACAGAAGUAGAUCACAAUUGUUUCAGCUUUGGUUGGCCAUAGAUGAAAUUAGAGCUCCUCUUGAGGAUAUUGAUAUUGAGGAAGAUGGAGAAGCUCGCUUAUCUCUAUCUCUUGAAUUCUCCAAUUUAGGAGAUAUCGUCGAGAUAUACAGGGAGUUUUUUCAGAAUUCAAGUCUCGAAAUUGAUCGGGACGUGUUUAACAGGGUCGAGAGUUUUGUUAAUAAUAAGGAUCCUAUUUACAAGUUAGAAUUAUACCAGAAAUCCAGAAAGGCGCUCUUCAAGCUACAGAAUAAUAUUUAUGAAAGCAUUAGCAACGAUGAUUUUCCACCUUUCAAGAAAUCAGAAUUGUUUUUAAAAUUACUUGAGACGCAUAUUUUCGAUUCAAAACCAGAUGAAAUUAAUUCACCAAUGUCGUGGUCUUCGUCUGGUAAACGGAAGAUUAAACAAAUAAGCGACCCCUUAGAAGAUUCUAGUGAAAGCGAAGCUGAUGAAGUCAGUCCUGGUGUUAUCAAGGCUGUAGAAGAUGCGUUCACUCAGAUUAUGAAUAGUUCUGAUGAUAAGAAGAGUGAAAUAAUAUCCGAUUCAAAAAACUCUAACCUGCGUUCCUCUUCUGCGGACAUUGCAGAGUCAACUUCAAAUAAUCCAAUUCUGACAAUACAUUUAAAAAAAGAUUUAUUUGGUGAAUCUUCUAAUUUGUUUACAGAUGAUAGCGUUAACUUCUCAAAUGGCAAUAGAAAUUCUAAACUAUUUGACGAUAUAAGUGACCAUUCUUUCUCUGACAGCGAUUCGAUAAACUUUGAUUCGGACUCUCAAAACCAAAAUAUAAAUUUACUGAACCCUUCACAUUCAGACCUGCAAAUAUUUUUAGCAGCACCCGGGAACCUCCGCUUAGCAGAAGAAAUAUCUAAAUUAAGUGAAGAAAUUGAUAAAUUAUCAGAGCAGCAGGCUGUUUUAAGCCCAUUAUUGAAAAAGGCAGAGCUCACAAAUAACGUCGGUGAAUUAAAAAUUUUGAGGAAAUCCAAAGUUAGUUUAGAUAGAGAAAUUAAUGCAAAGGAAUUACAGAAACAGCAGUUCAUUGUUCAAGAAAACGAUAACAGUUUGUAUGGGAAAUCUCGGGUAAGCAUUCAGUCAUAUAUUAGUAAUAAUGAAAAUGGGAAGAAUUAUAUCCUCUAUAUUGUUGAAGUACAAAAAUUAUCUAGUGAGAAUCAAAACAAUGUCACUGCUGGAUGGAUUGUUGCAAGAAGAUUCAGUCAAUUUUUCAGAUUAAAUGAAUACUUAAAGUCUAGAUAUCCACUAGUAGUAAAUAUAAAAUUUCCUAAAAGAACAGUUCUGGUUUUAAAGUUUCAACAAAAGCAAAUAGUCGAACAAAGGAAAGCCUUACUUGAAGAAUACUUACAGCAGCUACUAAAAAUCCCUGAAGUAUGUUCUAACAAAGUAUUCAGAUCGUUUCUAUCUUCUGAGAACUUCACUCUGAGAAAUAGUCAAUCUAUCGACGGAAAUACUAACGUCAAUUUGAGUAAACUAAGAAACAGUGUGGAGAUAGUUGCAAAUAAGCUUUAUAACGGUAUCUCAGGCAAAAUAUCACUGAACUCAUUAAGUAAUGCGGAUAAGUCUUUUCCUUUGCCUGAUCAACCAAUGGAAAAGUAUAUGAAGGAUAUGCAAAAGGAGUUGAGGCAGUUUGACGAGUCGGAGCACACAAAUAGCAUAGAAAAGCCUGUUUUCGUUAAGCCUGUAUGCGAUCUAUUGAUAUCUGUUUUUAGACUCAAUACGCCAAAGAGUUGGUUACGAGGCAGGGCCCUUUUAGUCAUCCUACACCAGGUAUUUGGUAAUACUCUAGAGAAAAAAGCAUAUGAGGUGAUAGACUUUUUCUUGAGAACCGAAGAAAAUGUGCUUGAUCUAUUAAUAUGGGGUAAAAACAUCAUAUUUCCCAUGGGGAGGCUUAUGGAACCACCAGAACCGCGAAACUCGUAUCAGAGAUCAACGACAAAACAAGAAGCUAAAGCCCUCCUUGAAAUAUUCAUGCAAGAAACUUGUUCCAAAAUAUUUGGCUUAGCGAACACUACAUAUGCAUGCAACAACAUAUUCGAAUUGCUUCAGAAUGGUUUUCUAAACAAGCAUCUAAUUUUGCAAAUUUUCGACGAGAUAAUCAACCAAUUGUUUCCGGAAGCAUCCACCGAUGUUUCAUCGGUUUCUGUAUAG